UAAGUAACGGCCAGUGGAACGCGCAUUGUUUGAUCGUUCGGUCCUUGGGUACACGUUUGAGGCCCUCCCAGAGUCCACGCCUGCUGCCUUUUAAAGCUAGAUACAGCCUACCACACCACUGUCAGUUCCAUGCUGAACGACACAGAAAAGGGAGGAGGCGCUGUCUUGUUUUUAUGUCUUUCCCCUUCCUACUUUGUACCUUUUCCUGUAGCUCUCUGUAGUUAAGUUUACUUUACUCAGUCUUACCUUGGUUUAAAAAAUGUACAGAUACCUAGGAGAAUUGCUCUCACGAGGAGCAAGCGGUGCUUUGGCCUCGGGAUGUGUCGACUCAGCUUUGCCUGCUUCCGCGUCUCUCAUGCGGAUUCGUCGCUACAGUGAGGCCGUUGGAGAUGAUGACCCAAACUUCUUUACGAUGGUCGAAGGCUUCUUUGACAGAGGAGCUGCCAUUGUGGAGGACAAACUUAUGGAAGAUCUCAAAGGCAAAGAAUCAACGGAUCAGAAAAGAAAUCGAGUUAAAGGGAUUCUCAAGAUAAUUAAGCCAUGCAACCAUGUACUUGGGGUGUCAUUCCCCAUCAAGCGAGACAACGGAGAAUGGGAGCUGAUAGAGGGAUACAGAGCCCAGCACAGCCAACACAGGACCCCCUGUAAAGGAGGUAUUCGGUACAGCACACACGUGUCUGUGGAUGAGGUGAAGGCUCUGGCCUCACUAAUGACGUACAAAUGUGCUGUUGUCGAUGUGCCUUUUGGAGGAGCCAAGGCCGGAGUGAAAAUUAACCCAAGAAAUUACUCUGACAAUGAGCUGGAGAAAAUCACCAGGAGAUUCACCAUUGAACUGGCCAAAAAGGGAUUCAUUGGACCUGGUAUUGACGUGCCCGCCCCUGACAUGAGCACUGGCGAGCGUGAGAUGUCUUGGAUCGCCGAUACCUUUGCCAACACAAUGGGCUACCACGACAUCAAUGCGUACGCCUGUGUGACGGGUAAGCCUAUCAGCCAGGGUGGUAUCCACGGCAGGAUAUCUGCCACCGGUCGCGGAGUCUUCCACGGCAUUGAGAACUUCGUCAUGGAGGCCUCCUACAUGAGCCAGCUGGGACUCACGCCCGGCUUCGGCGACAAGACCUUCGUCAUCCAGGGAUUCGGUAACGUAGGUCUGCACACCAUGCGCUACCUGCACCGCUUCGGAGCCAAGUGUGUCGGCGUGGGAGAGAUUGACGGAAACAUCUGGAGCGCAGACGGCAUCGACCCCAAAGAACUGGAGGACUACAAACUGGCCAACGGCACCAUCGUGGGCUUCCCCAAGGCUCAGCCGUACGAGGGCAACAUCCUGGAGGCUGACUGCCACAUCCUCGUACCCGCCGCCGGAGAGAAGCAGCUCACCAGGAAGAACGCACACAAGAUCAAGGCCAAGAUCAUUGCUGAGGGUGCCAACGGUCCCACGACACCUGAUGCUGAUAAGAUCUUCCUUGAGAGAAACAUCCUGGUCAUCCCGGACCUGUACCUGAACGCUGGUGGUGUGACCGUCUCCUACUUCGAGUGGCUGAAGAACCUGAACCACGUCAGCUAUGGCCGCCUCACCUUCAAGUACGAGAGGGACUCCAACUACCACCUGCUCAUGUCCGUGCAGGAGUCUCUUGAGAGGAAGUUCGGGAAGCACGGUGGGGCCAUCCCUGUGGUGCCCACCUCUGAGUUCCAGCACAGGAUUGCUGGUGCCUCUGAGAAGGACAUAGUGCACUCUGGGCUGGCGUACACCAUGGAGCGCUCCGCCAGGCAAAUCAUGCGCAUUGGCAACAAGUACAACCUGGGUCUGGACCUGCGUACUGCAGCCUAUGUCAACGCCAUCGAGAAGGUCUUCAAGGUCUACAACGAGGCCGGCGUCACCUUCACAUAAAGGUCUGCUCUGCAAGCAA